UAAACACGAGCAGUCGUAUGCGAGACGCGCUUCUGUUCACUCCCGCGCAUCUCAGUUUAGAUGACCUUGACAUUCAAUUCUAAAUUCAAAUUGUAAUUAAUACGUUGUUUAUUAUGGAAUAGUGCUUUCUUAUUUAAAGUGAGAGACAAUGUUUGCGUUAGGUAAAGUGGGAACGAGACAGCUGAUAAAAUGGAAGGAGCUUCGUGUUUACAAUCGUGUGAUGUACAACUCCGGCGCAGGAGUGUUCGGACAUCGACCUAGAGUAGUGAAUGAAACUGAUAUACCUGAAGAUGUUCUAGUAAGGAGAUAUGAAAACUGCCGCGCGCAACAGCUAGUCAAUGCAUAUCGUACUCACGGUCACUUGAAAGCCACAAUAGACAAUGUAGACUAUAAAAACAAUAUUAAAGAUAUUAAAGAGCUUAGUAUAUCGAGAUAUGGUUUGACAGCAAGUGAUCCCGUGGACUUGGCCUUACUGUACGGACACAAUGGAAGGCAGCCCCUUGAAAAUUUGGUUGAGAAACUGGAGAAAAUAUAUUGCGGACCAAUUUCCUAUGAAUUUUCCUAUUUGGAGACAGAUGCAGAAAGGGAAUGGUUCAUGCAACGAAUAGAAAGCGGAUCAGAUGCAAUAGACAAAGACAGAAGGAUCGAAAUUGCUAAAGAGAUGCUACAUUCGCAAACAUGGGACAAGUUUGUAAGCGUAAAAUUUCCUGCUGUCAAACGGUACUGCGGUGAAGGCGCCGAGUCCCUUCUAACGUUCUUCUCCACGCUUUUCCGGCUUACAACAUCAGAGGGCGUCCAGCAAAUUAUUUUAGCUAUGGCACACAGAGGCAAAUUAAACGCACUCAGCGGUCUGCUACAGUGCCCGCCCGUGAAGAUAUUUCGUAAAUUCAACGGACAACCCGAGUUUCCUGAUGAUUCGAGAUCAGUGUGCGACAUCGCUACACAUCUCGGUGUAUCAUCAGAUAUCGCUGUCAAUGGCAAGACAGUUCGCGUCUCUUUAAUUAAUAAUCCAUCACACUUAGAAUGCGCGAACCCAGUAUCGAUGGGCAAGACCAGAUCCAAGCAACUGCAAUACAGAGAAAGCGACUACUCAGAAGAUGCAUCAUCGAGCAUGGGCGACAAGUUUCUGAAUGUCCAGGUCCAUGGAGACGCGGCGUUCUCGGGACAAGGAGUGAACCAAGAAACAUUGAUGCUGUCCCGCGCACCGCACUUCGACGUCGGCGGUUCGCUGCACAUCGUCGUCAAUAACCAAUUAGGUUUCACCCAGCCGGCAGAGCGAGGCCGUUCAUCCCGUUACGUGACCGAUUUAGCCAAAUCUAUUGCAGCGCCUGUAAUUCACGUCAACGCAGACUACCCUGAGCUAGUGGUGAAGGCGACAAACAUAGCGUUCGAGUACCAGAGGCGUUUUCGCAAAGACGUGUUCAUAGACUACAAUUGUUUUAGAAGACUGGGCCAUAAUGAGCUCGACGAUCCCACCUUUACCAACCCUUUGCUGUACAAACUUAUAAAUAGCAGAAAAACAAUUCCCGAUCUUUACGCAGAUAAUUUAGUAAAAGAAGGCGUUUUAAAUGAUGCAGAUAUUAAGAGUAUAACAGAAGAAUAUACUAAAUAUUUACAGCAACAUUAUGAGGCAGUGGGAUCGUAUAAACCUGAGGUAACCUAUUACCAAGACCAAUGGUCUCAGAUGACUGCCGCCCCCUUCGCAGUGGAGACUUGGGACACAGGAGUUGACGAGGGUUUGCUCAAAAUGGUCGGACAGGCUUCGGUACAAACGCCCGCUGAUUUUAAUAUCCAUACUCAUCUUGCAAGAACUCACGUCAAAAAUCGUCUGGCAAAGAUAUCGGAGGGCAGUCAACUGGAUUGGGCGACGGCAGAGGCUCUAGCAUUUGGCUCUUUACUAAUGGAGGGGCGACACGUGCGCCUAAGCGGCGAGGACGUCGGCCGAGGAACAUUCUCCCACAGGCACGUGAUGCUCGUCGACCAAGUAACAGAAAGCAUCUAUAUACCACUCAAUCAUAUACACGAAGAGCAGAAGGGUUUCUUGGAGGUGGCGAAUUCAAUUCUGUCGGAAGAAGCAGUGUUGGGAUUUGAAUAUGGCAUGGCAUUCGACUGCCCUAAUAACCUGAUCGUGUGGGAGGCACAGUUUGGGGACUUUUACACUGGCGCGCAGAUCAUUGUCGACACCUACGUAGCAUCUGGUGAAGUGAAAUGGGUGCGCAGCAAUGGACUAGUGAUGCUGCUUCCACACGGAUACGACGGUGCAGCAUCAGAGCACUCGUCCUGCAGGAUCGAGAGGUUCCUACAAUUGACGGACAGUAAGGAAACUGCCCCCGACUCGGAGAAUGUGUGUCUGCAUGUUGUUAACCCGACCACACCAGCACAGUACUUCCAUUUGUUGAGGAGACAGGUUGUACGAAAUUACAGAAAACCAUUGGUGGUCGCGUCACCAAAGGUACUCCUUCGGUUGGCUGACGCAGUCUCCCCGCUAUCUGAAUUCGCGCCAGGAACGCAUUUUAAACCUGUCAUAGGGGAUCAUCUAGCAGAACCUAUCAAAGUGAAGAGGAUUAUAUUUGUUUGUGGGAAACACUACUAUGAGUUACACAAAGAGAGGGUGAAAGCCAAGAUAGAUGAUGUGGCCAUAAUUAGGGUAGAGGGCCUAACACCGUUUCCUCUGCAAGCGCUACAGAAGGAGCUGAACAAGUAUCCUAAUGCUAGAAAGUUCAUAUGGAGCCAAGAGGAACACAGAAAUAUGGGCGCGUGGAGUUUCGUCAAGGCGAGAUUCGAGAAUUUACUUGGACGAAGGUUGGUGUACGCCGGCCGAGCGGAAGCGGCCACACCGGCCGUCGGGACGAGCUCGUUACACCGGCCUGAAGUUGAACACAUACUACGCGAACCAUUGUACAAUAUUAAAUAAAUUAUAUAAAUAAAUACGUAGACAUAUAAUAUAUGGAUGGACUAAUGUGAAUUGAAUUGAACUCGUUCCAAAAACUCGGCUGAAUCCCUAGUGCGAGUUGUAUAAAGAAUCCUAAACAAAUAGUUGACACGAACGUAAUAUUUAUUUAUUUAUUUUACACUUUAUUGCACCAAGUAAAAAGAAAAAUAACAAAUAUAGUAAAUAUUAAUGAGAAGUGUUACAAAAGGCGGCCUUAUCGCUAAGCAAUUUCUUCCGGACAAACAAAUAUGUUAAACUUCUAUUCAUACCGAAGGUCAAAGAAAUAUCCAUUUAAAUAACUGUUGUAACUUUCCUCUAGUUUUGAUUUUCUCAAAAAUGUAACUUUUUGGCGAUAAUUUGUGGCAAAAUAUUAAAUACUUAUUUAACAGAUCGUUUCGAUCGGAUUUCCAUUCAGAUGCAAACGUGAAGACGUUAGUUACGUAAAUCUUUGUAGGACUCGCACAUGAAACUCAUCAAAAUUCCUAAUUCUUACUAGAAAUUUAAAAUAAGAAGAAACAAAAAUUUACAUCGGUUCAUAGUAUUAAUUAUUAAGUUCAUAUUAUUAACUAUUACGUUUGCAAAUACGUAAUAGUAGAGAUAUUUACAUACAUGACCUCUGGUGGAAAUAUUCAGAAGUUUUUUUUUUUUAAUAAUCUCUCUAAUGUCGAUUCACAUAAAAAAGAUUAACUGAAUGCUUAGAUUAAGUAAAUAGAUACUUAAGUUAUACUGCACGUGUAUGAUUGAGUUUGCAAAUAUGAAUUAUUUUAGAGUUUUUUUUUUCUAUAAAUCACUCAAAAAAAAAACCAUUUUCAACCAUCUUCAAAAAGUAAGUGGUCCUUGAUUCCAUGGUAUUUUUUAUAUGUUAUGUCACGCGAUAUUCAAUAAUUUUGACUUGAAAGUUAUUACCCCCUUAUUAAGUAUUCGUUACUGUUAUAAAUUUACUAUUUGCAUUAAUGAAAUGUUUGAUAGGGCACUCCCUAACGUGGUUUUACUUUACUUUAAUUUUUUAUAAGAACAACCAAUGUUAUAGAAAUUUCAAUUGAAAUUUCAUAUUACGAUUCCUAAAUUAAAAUAAUAAUAUAUUAUAUUGUUAAUUUAUAAAAACUUUUUUGUAAAUAAAUGUUAUUCGAGUA